AUGCGGGGCAGCCCCGCCGUCAAUCAUCCUGCCAUGUUGCCGCCAACUCUCGAACUCCAGCGCCACGUCGUGCUGUCGACAGCCCAUACUACACUCAACACGCACCGGAGCUACCACGACGAAGUCCCCAGACGGGGACAUCUUCGACGGCGGCAAAUCGAACAAGGCCUGCGGCGAGUGGCAGAAGGUGCGAUGGGAUGGAGGGAGACAGCGCCGUACAGCUCCUACAUGCCAGUGGGCAAAGCCGAUGGAGCAGCGCUCUACAAACGAGGGUGCGAUCACGAGCUUGGGGCGCUGGGCGCGAUGGACGGCUGGUGCAACGAACACGGCAUUGAAUGCGCAAACCAGCGGCGAGACGAAGGCGACCACGCCAAUCGCCAUCCAUUUGUAGGCAACGUCGACCCGAUCGGCCAGGAAUGCGAGAGAGCACGGGAGGGAGGUGGGCCGCAGCAAGGGCCUUUCAGUGAGCGAGUGUGUGGAGAGACAGACGACAGGGACGAGGUUAACACGCACGUCCUCUAUCAAGACGGCAUGGCUCACCAGCACGAAGCCUCAGACUCCAUUCACUGCAUCCCUUUGCCGCGGGAUCACGCCGACGACGGGAAUGGUGCACAAUUUCCACAAGUGCGGAGCUUGUCCAGAGACAACACGGUGUCGACGACGAAGACGCGCUACUUCUAG